UGAGCAUCCACGCACCGACCUUCCUUAUAACCAAACACUCCUCCAACCAGCAAACUUUCACACCCAAUUGCUUCACGCUUCCCAGCUCCCAGCACACACUACAUCGAUAUUCAACCCAGCUCCUCGACAUCAAGCUGGCAAGAGCGCGCGUAGUCGCAAGACAUGCCGGACACGGGCUUCCCGUUUUGGGGAGAACGUUCCGUCAGCACGACACCUGGCAAUGACAGCUCCUGUCGCAACCCGUUCAGUGACAAGGACGAUGAUGACCAACCCGACGUAUUUGCCCCGAGACUGCUUGACUUGUCCGAGGAGGAAGAUGAAGAUGAGGUACUGUUCCCCUCUGACUGCGAGCCCUUCGGAGACGACAAUGGCGUCGAAUCAAUGUUCGGCGACGAGGGCCGUAGCAGCAGCCGAGUCUCUGACGACGACUUUUGGGGUACAGGACGCGAAAUAGGCGUCAAUGGUGACGGCGCUCAAUACGGCGCAUAUCGCAACGACGGCAACACGAGCGACAGUGCAGGCUCCCCGAAUCACUCCACCAACGUUGAAACCCCCGAGGGAACGGACAUCUUUGAAGGCACUGAAGGUGGCGAGGACAAGGACGACACGGCCGAAACCGGCCACAUCGGGGGCGGCGCCUCAUACAUUCGCGGUGAGCCGGCCAUUAAGAUCCCCAAGAUGCCGCCGCCGGACGUGAACGUACUGCGCGCCGCUAUGGCCGAACAAUGGCGGCCCGGUUUGCAGUCCUUAGACGACGUCCUGCAGUACACCCGUUUAAUCCACGUCGAGCAGAACUGGCCCGGAGAAGAUCCUGGCAUACGCGACUUCGAGGGCGACCCGUUCACUGCACCAGCGCAGAACGCUACUGCCGACAUCAUCAAUCCCGCAUUCUCAGCUGCCGCUGAGCUCCAGACGCUAGACGCUGCUGGCCCCGUCUCUGGAACUCCCUCACAGACCGCAAACAAGCGAGGUCAUCUCAACAACAGCAAUAAUCUAGUCGUCCCGGAGAAAACCGUGGACCAGCAGCUCGCCAACCUGCAGCACAAUCAAACCAAACGUCUCGGCCAGCUUGAUGCUGGAGGUUCUGCCGAAGGUGAUGACCCCCGUCUGCCCGACCAUUCGUCCGGGAGGCGCAGCAUACCAAAGAACAAGAAGGGGAAGGGGAAGGGCAAGCAGCCAGCCGCCCAUGAGGAAGCUGAGGUGGCCGCCGAGCCAUCCCCGGCUGCUGGCUCAAGACACGAUCAACCCCCAGGUCCUGUCGCUGUUACUGCCCACCCCACCUCGAGCAAACAUGUGUCUACCCAGCCUGGUCCGUCGAAGAGCAAAAGAGCUGCCCUCACUCGUGUCCUCCCCCAAAAGCGUGGACCGCCUUCAGAGGAGAGUGAAGGGGAGCAAGACGAGGAGGACGACCACAAGCGAACUCGAUACUCCAUUCGAGGGGCGAAGCGCACCGGUGUCACGGAGCAGCAAGAGCAGACUCACGCUGGCCCGCCUGCUACCCCACGCCGACAUGUCAACACCAGCAGCGUAGAUUCGAUCAAGACCUCGAGGACAGCACCGCCCCGCGUCAGACAGACCAUUGACUGCAUUGAGAUACCCUCUCCUGGUCGACGAAGACAAAUCUCGUCCGAAAUGAACAAUACCGCCCCAGCGGGGAGUUUGAGCGCUCCCCCAUCCCUCAAGAAACUCCCGAGCAGACUUGCGCAAUCGUCUCUACUACCCGACCUGCGUGCGUCGGCUGCUCUCACUGAUGCCGCCGCUCCUGCUGAGCCAAUUGCUACCGCCAAGCUUGGCCAUUCUAGUGAGCGAGCCGCUCCCACCGCGCCCUCUGCUCGCUCGACCAACGCGGCUCGUCCCUCUGACCCACCAGCGUUGCUCAUCGAGUCAGCAUCCAAAGAGACAGCCUCUGGGACUGAGCCAGCCUCUUCGACCGAACCACCCCCUCUGACCGGUCAUACAGGACCAACUGCUUUUUCCGAGACAGCCCGUCCCACCGAACCUGCCCCCCUCACCGCGCCCGCCCCGCCCCCCGAACCGACUGUUUCCACUGAUGCUGCGGCUCCUAUCAAGAGGAAGCGUGGGCGCCCUCCAAAGCAUCCUCUGCCCACACCCCCCGCGCUAGUUGCACCCCUGAACGAGCCACCCCCUCCGACUGUUCCUACUGGACCAACUGCUGCGUCCGAGACAGCCCGCCCCACCGAGCCUGCUGCCCCCCUCGCGGCGCCAGUCCUGCCCCCCGUUCCCACUGAUGCUGGCGCCCCCAUCAAGAGGAAGCGUGGACGCCCUCCAAAGCAACCUCUGCCGGCGCCCCCCGCGUCGGCUGCACACCUCAACGGGAUGGUUGCCCUCAAGAUAGCAGAGUCUUCGACCACGGUCGCUCCCACGCAAUCUGUUACGCCGACUGCACCGACUUCCUGGACCACGCCCACCGCGUCCAUGGAUCCACCUGGCCCUUUGAGAUCUGAGCAAGUUGCCCGACGUUUGGGACCCAAGUGGGUCACUCAUAACGACCCUCCGGAGCCCAUACCUCAGGAUUCCGAUACGGAGGACGUCGAUGAGCUUCAUGACACCCAAGAGGUCACUGUUAAACAGGAGCCCGACGAAACGGGCAGCGACGAGCCUCCAACCCAGCAAGACAUUCCCAUCAAACGUGGUCCCGGUCGACCCAAGGGUAGCAAAAACCGACCAAAGCCACCUGCCGACGGGUCGACAACGACGACCGUUAAGAGCAUCGGCAGCGAUGGGCCUCAAACUCAGCAAGAGGGCCCCGCUAAACGACUGAAGCCUGCUGCCGCCGAGUCCACAACGAUGGCCGAUAAGGGCACCGGCAGCAAUGAGCCCCAAACCCAUCAAGAGGCUCCCGCCAAACGACCGAAGCCUCCUGCUGAUCCGAAGCCUGCUGCCGCCGAGUCCACAACGACGACCGAUGAGAGCACCGGCAGCGACGAGCCUCAAACCCAGCAAGAGAUCCCCGCGAAACGCCUUCCCGGCCGACCCAAGGGAAGCAAAAACCGUCCAAAGCCUCCUCCGGACGAGUCGACAACGACGACCGACAGGCGCAAGAGCGACCGCAUCCUCACAUUGGCUCUGAAGUCGGUGGCAGCGGUGCCAGACUUGCUCCAUCCGCCGCCACCCGAUGGGCGUAGAAGAUCGCAGCGAGGUGUUGGUACCCCCACGCCGCUGAUCAAGCGCGCACCUGGCCGUCCACGAAAAGCGGAUCAAAGUCCUCAGUUGGGGUCAACAGCGGCACCAGCGGACCCCUCUGUUUCUCGAACGCCAACACUCUCGCCACAUCGCCCGUCAACUCGUGUUACUCGGUCAAUGUCUAAUGUUGCCGCUGGGCCCAGUAUCCCAGGGGAAACAAAGUCGCAAUCUACAAACCCGGACACGACGUCGAGUGCAUCAAGUUACGCGGAGCUGGCUGCAAUGUACCCGGCAUGGUACGACAUGGAGAGCAAGAGUGAGGAGUUUCAAAGAAGGGUAAACCGCCGUGUCGCCGAGCAGCACGAUUCGUCUGAUAGCAACGAAGAUGAUGAGGGGUCAGAGAGCGGCCAUUCUGCCGAUCGCUACCAUAAUGACGACGAUGACGACGACCUCUACCUCUAGCAGGAAGGGUCAGUGCAAGAUUUGUAGAUAUCUUAGGUGAUGCAUUCAUAAGCUUCCGGAUGCAAAGUGUCUACUUUAGAUGGAGGGAGCCCGCUUUGAAAGUCAGACUGACUAUUCAGCCUUGUUAAGCUUGGCUGGCAGUCCGGCUGCGUGCUUGUU